AUGGAUCAAAUGACGGUAUCAAAUCGAGUUAAAUCAUCAUGUGAAAUACUUGAAAUAGCAACAUUAGUUGCUUAUUUUACUUUUGAUAAUGGAUUAUUUCUUAAUGAUUCGGGUCCGAAUUCAUUAAAUGCAGCAAUAACACAAUCAACAUCGUCGAUUUCAACUGGUCGAUACUCAGAAGCUAUUUCAUUUGAUGGUUCAUAUUCCUCCUAUUUUCAAGCAUAUGGUUUUACAGCACUUGGAAAAUCAAAUAAACCAUUUUCGAUUUCUCUCUGGAUUCGACCGAUUUCUCUCCAAGGUGUUCUUGUUCAUGUAUCAUCGAAUAUAACAGGGCUUGGAUGGUGUAUGCCAUUCCUUGCAUUUACUUCUAAUAAUUCUAUAACUGCCCAAAUUUAUAACGGUAGUAGUGUUACAUUUAGUGUUGAUCCAACAAAAUCUGUCUCAAUAUCAGUUUGGUCACAUAUUGUUCAGACAUGGAGUUCAAGCAAUGGUAUUCGUCUCUAUAUAAAUAAUAUUCUUGUUGCAUCAAGCCUUAGUUCAGCAAUAACUUACGUGGCAAGUGAAAGUAUUAAUUAUAUAACAUUAGGUAAUAGUUUCAAUUCUACAUCUUCAUGUUUUACGGGUCAAGCAAAUACAAUGCCUUAUAAAGGUGAUAUGGAUGAUUUUCGUAUUUAUAGUCGUGAAUUAUCGGCUAAUGACGUUUGUACAUUAUAUAGUCGUUGA